AUGGGUAUUACUCGCAUGGACUUCCAAAUACUCUAUGGGGCCUACGUCACACCGCUCUUGGAAUACGCCAACCAAGUUGUCUACUCAGGACGUACAAAAGACGUCCCCCUCAUUGAGCGUGUCCAGCGGGCCGCCACUAGAAUGGUUGCCGGCCUCAAAUCCGUGGACUACGAAACGCGUCUCGCGAUGCUUGAUCUCUUUCCCCUGGAGUACCGUCGCCUCCGAGGGGACCUAAUACUUACUUACGCCCUGUUUGAACAAAGCUUGGCAAACAGGUUUUUCACCGUUGACCCAGCAAACACUCGGCGAGGACAUACUCGAGGGGUCUGAAAAUCCUAUGGAGAAGAGUUCAAAUCAUGCACGACUGGAUUGUUUAUUCGUACUUCCCGUUUGAAAAUGCAAACUGUUUCCAAUAUUCCGAGUGUGAAAAAGUCAUACAAAGUUGUGAGAGACUUUUGGGUUGAAAUCUCUCGCGCACAAACCUCCUCCCAAGUUCAGGUGCGGCGGCCGGGUAAUACAUAUUUUCCAUGGCGCCGUGAAUCGACACCAGUAAAACAGAUGAACCAGUUCAGCCCCGUGUUGAGCUUGCCCGUUGACCGACAGCCUUUUCACGUUAGUGCGGAGAACUUUCAAAUAUGGUUUGAUGAUACAAACUGCAAUGGAGACGGAGGAACUAAACUUGAUGAAGAUACUACUAU